CAGCAUCCGAGAAGCAGGAGGGCCGACGUUUCGGGCAUAAACCCUUCAUCAGGAGUCCAGAACUCAGGAGUAGUCGCAUUUCGCAAGUGCAAACUCAGAGCGCUUAUCCCCGAUUCUUUUUCCUUCCCAUUUGUAGCCACAGAGUGUGCAUGUGGCAAAAAAAAAAGAGAGAUCUAACUUGAAGUCAGGUUUGCUUGUAAUCCAAGCAAUUUUGCUUUCAGUAGAAAAGUCCUCCUGAUGAUUUGCAGCAUGUCACAUCUCCAGUGAGCCGGGGAAGUGCUGGCUGUUGAUUGACCCUUCAUGAGGGUGCAGUAGUUUGCAAAUCCCUGCCAGCGCCUUUGGUGCAUCUUGUUGCACAACCAUGUUUGUUGCUAUUUUGUUGCGAGGCCAGCUGUAAAACAACAAGCACACACAUACAAAAAAAAAAGUCACCUCUAAUUGAUCAUUAUAAAUAAGAUUGCUCCUUGCUGGUUUGUUUUAAUUUUGUUUGGUGGGGUGGGGAUGGAUGGCAGAGCGUCCCUGGCCUCUGCCCCGCUCCCGGGCUCCUGUCUGCAGCCUAACCCCGCGGCUGUGCCCAUCUCCGUCGGUGGCGGCACGGCCGGCGGUUCGCCCUUGCUCCGGCCGCCGGCGCUGCUCUUGCGGGCGGCCGCCGCCGCAGCCGCCGCCGCCUCGGCCGCCGAGCGCUACCCCCGGACGCCGAAGUGCGCCCGCUGCCGCAACCACGGCGUAGUGUCGGCGCUGAAGGGCCACAAGCGCUUCUGCCGCUGGAGGGACUGCCUGUGCGCCAAGUGCAUGCUGAUCGCCGAGAGGCAGCGGGUCAUGGCCGCGCAAGUCGCUCUCCGGCGCCAGCAAGCCCAGGAGGAGAACGAAGCCAGGGAGCUCCAGUUCAUGUACGCCGGGGGAGGAGCGGCCGAAGCCGGCCUGGCCAUGGCAGCGGCCGCCGCGGCUGCUAACAGCAUCAUCCCGGGAUCGAGAGCCGUCUCGGCGCCCUACGAGAUCUUCGGAGCCGACUAUCAGAAGCAGAAGGAAGGCCAGAAAAGUCCCAAGUAUGAACUAUUUUACAACGGUUUGGUGAGCCGCUCGGUUCUCCAGGCCGCGCCCUCUCUUGGUUCAGAGGCGGAGGGCUCAGACGCCAAUGGAAAGCAGAAGGGAAGCGCCGAAGCAGGGGAGACCGAGCCGGGCCGGCUAUCCCCAUCCCCGGAUCCUCCAUCGGAAGGCGCCGACAGCCCUCGCUCAGUGACUCCGUCGGACGUGGAGUCGGGCAACGAGUGUGAGAAACCCAAGGAGCUGGCGAAGGUGAUGGCCAGUCUCCCGGGCUCAUCGGCCAACCACAGGGCACCCAUUGACAUCUUGACCAAAAUCUUCCCCAGCCACAAGCGGGACAAGCUGGAGUGUAUCCUGGCAGACUGCAGGGGAGACGUGGUGCAGGCCAUCGAGCAGGUGCUCAAUGGGAAGGAGCAGAAAGGGCAAGGCAAGGACGUGGCGUGCCCCGGGCCCGACCCUACGGAGCUCCAGCGACCCCCGCACUUCACCCUGGCUGGGCUCUCUGGCGGAUCCCUGGGCACCAAAUCCGCCUUCUCUCCGCUGCAAUCGAGCGCAGUGUUCGGAGGACCCGCCAAUCUGUACGGCUUGAACCCCAGGCUGGGCGUUAAUCCACUCCGGCUGGCAUACUCCAGCCCUGGCCGGGGGCUCCCCACCUUCAUGUCCCCUUAUGUCACUUCUGGCCUGAUGCCAACUCUCCCAUUUCGCCCACACAUGGACUACUCCUUCCCGGGAAUCGUUAGAGACCUUCCAUACUUCCAGAACAAAGAGGCACUCUGUUCCAGUGGACUGUACUCUCGAAUCAAUCCAGAAAAGCAAUGAGCGACUCCGUGAGACAACUGAAUGUGAGGCACAGCAGGGAAACUUGGAAUGUGCAAAAUAAACGGUGGUUCAAUGAUUACGGACCGAUUUAGUUUCACUUUGUCACCAAAUUGUUCCACGGAUCCAACUGAAAAUCAACGUGGUUACUUUGAUUUCAAAUAUGUCGCGGCUAAUAGCAUUGUACUGAACAGAUUGGAAAAUACAGCAUUGGCUGAAGCUGGUAAUGAUAAACCCACGCUGAGCUGUGGCCCGUUUCGCUGAUGCCUCUGGAGAGUUUAGUGAACAGGCCAGAGAGUGUAAUUUCCCUUUGCCAUGGUGGACAGCGUUUCUGAAAGGCAGUCUGGGAGGGGAGACGCCUAGGAUACAGAAGUGGACUUUACCAUGUUGCUUGCAACGGUUUUCUUUGGGGGGGGGGGGGAGUUGUGGGAAGGGGGAGGGUAAGUGAGAUGGAAAAUCGGACCAAGUCCAGCAAUUGAAGAAGAGACGCUUUCAGUUUUUGCUGUAACUGCUGACUGCAUGGCCCCGCACCUGGUGCACUAAGUUAAAAUAUUUAGUCACACUUAUACAUUUAAAAAAACGAAGUGCAGUUGAAAAGAAACAGCAGAUUUAUCCAUCAGGUGAUGUGUGAACAGUUAGCUGGCUGUAUUUAAUAGACUGAUCGCACUCUGAUUGGUUUGAAUGUUUAACACGGAUUAGCAGUACCGCUCGCUCUAGUGGUCUCACAUGGCUUUUUAAUCAUGUAUUGUCAAAUUUCAUAAUAAAUAUAGCUUCAAACAAAGUACUCGCAACGAACUGCGGAUGCUGUAACUCAGACACAAGAACAGAACUUACUGGAAAAGCUCAGCAGGUCUGGUAGCGUCUGUGCAGAGGAAUCAGAGUUAACGUUUCAGGUCGAGGUCAAGGACUUGUUAAUUGUGCGCAUGAGGAGCAGCAUUUGACUCAAAACCUACCUGUUCGAACUAUGUACAGCAACACCAACAAAACAAAAAGUGCCUUAUUUCGAGUUAGUUAAAGGGGUCGGGGGAAGUGGGGGGGGGGGGGGGGGGGGUGAGAAGGAGAGUGUAAGCUAAAACCUUUCCGGGUUUUCCCAACUCCGGGAAAUUCCUAUGGAAUCAGAAAAAACACACACAUACUGACAAACGACCUAUUUCAUCAAACAACCACAACCCAGAGAGGAACACUGCUGGGAUUGGACAACCACGCUGCCUGAGGGGACAGGCAAGGGAGAGGAGUCGGUGUAUUUUUGACAAAUUGAAAACAAAAUCACCCUGAUAAUGCAUUGCCGCAAGACUUACGUGAAUGAAAUAUAAAAAUCCCGAAGACUUUCUGAGGAAAGGCCAUAACAUUUUAGCACUGCGAGCUAUCCGUCCACACACUGGACGUCGAAAGGCUGAGCGGUAAUUGGCCCUAAAAGGAUGGGCGUUUACAGCAGGCAGUUCACUGGCUGAGGUUGUGUUACUGUUAGGAUAUUUUUGUAUACUAAUGUUCAGAGUUAAGUGCUACUGAUAACAGAUCUCUUAUUGUUGUAAACAAGAUGAAAAAAAUAAAUCAAUUAAAAGUA